AUAAAUUAACUAAAACUUGACAUAGAAUUUAAAAAAAUAAUAAUUUCACUUAUUUUUAAAGACAAACAAACUCACAAAAAAAUGGUCAAACAGUAUCACGCAGUCAUUUGUUCAUUUCCGGGCGUCGGACACGUAAACGCGUGUCUGGCAGUCGCCGAACGGCUGGUCAAAAGUGGACACUUUGAGGUGUCAUUUGUGGUCAACGAAAAAUGGAAAGGUCGUCUCGAACCGUAUGGUGUACGGGAAGUCCUAUUGAAAGGAAGUGAUCAUAACCAUCAGCAUCAGCACAGUCAUAAUGAUGGACACAACGGGAAUGAUGGUCAUCAUCAUCAUCAUAAUAGUCACCAAACAGAUGAUCAUAAGGAAAAUCAUGUGGUGGUGGCGGUAGAAAACGAUGAUCACAACAAAACCAGUGAUGAAGAUGUUUUGGUUAAACAAACAAAAAAGAAGUCACCGUUGGAUAAGAUACUGGAAAACUAUAAACGAUCGCACAAUCAUUUGGAUAUGAUUGUCGAGAUUGACAAACAAUUAGGGGAAGUGUUGGCCAAACUCAAACCGGACAUUAUUUUUCAAGAAGUACCAACAUGUAUACCAUCGGUGGUCAACUAUGGUGUACCCUGGGUCAAUGUGCUCAGUAUGAAUCCAUUGUUUUAUUUGGAAGACGAUAGGACACCACCACUGGGAUCAGGACUGUCCAAAUUUGAUGACAAAAUAGAGUGGAAAAAGUUUAGAGAGGCAUUAAGUGAUGUCAAACGCAAUGCAUUUAAAGAGUUUCACAAAUAUUUAGCAGAUAAUGGUGUCACUGAUUUUGAAUCUGAUAAGAUGACCUAUCAGUCCAAAUAUUUGAACAUUUAUGGCUAUCCGGAGGAACUGGAUUAUCAUGAACUGAGACCAUUACCUAAAACAUGGUAUCGAUUUGAUAAUAUGAUGAGACUGGAGAAACACGUCGAAGCGUUUGAAAUACCGGACAAACUGAAGGGAAAACCGGGAAAAUUGAUAUUCUUUUCGUUCGGAUCGAUGUCCUGUCAGGAAAGUGCCUGUAAUGUCGAAAAUAUGAACCGUUUGUUAGCUAUUCUGGCAAAAUCGCCGAACCGUUUCAUUGUAUCAAUGGGUCCGAAACACGAGGACAUCCGGUUGGCCGACAAUAUGUGGGGCCAACCGAGUAUACCACAGAUACAAGUCUUACCGCUAUGCGAUCUGGCAAUCAUUCACGGCGGCAACAAUACUAUGACCGAAACCGUCUAUUUUGGUAAACCUAUGAUUUUGUUGCCACAAGAAGGAGAUCAGUUGGAUAAUGCACAGCGAGUACAGGACAUGGGAUUUGGUGUCCGAUUGGAUCGUAACGAUUGUACCGAAAAUGAAUUGUUGUCGACAAUUGACAAACUAUUGGCUGAUAAACAAUUGGCUAAUAAAAUGAAACAAAUAUCCAAAAGGAUUCAAUUGGACGAUAACUAUGUAUACCUAUUUUAA